AUGCAGCCAUGUGACCCAAACUGGACCCACAUAACAGAGUUUGUUAUGGUGGGCUUUGCCGAGGUGCGUGAAAUGCGCCUCCUCUUCUUUACUCUCUUCCUCACUAUGUACCUGUUCACCUUGGUGGAGAAUUUGGCCAUCAUCCUGGUUGUGGGUUUGGACCACCAGCUAUGUAGGCCGAUGUAUGUCUUCCUGACACACUUGUCCUACCUUGAAAUCUGGUACACUUCAGUCACAGUGCCCAAGAUGCUGGCUGGUUUUACUGGGGGAGACAGGGGCAAGAAUAUCUCCUAUGCUGGAUGUCUGUCCCAGCUCUUCAUCUUUACCUUCCUUGGGGCAACGAAGUGUUUCCUACUGGCUGCCAUGGCCUAUGACCGCUACGUGGCCAUUUGUAUGCCUCUCCGAUAUGGGGCCUUGGUGUCCUGGGGCAGCUGCAUCCAUCUGUCAGCUGCUUGUUGCUUCCUCACCCCCAUUUUGCCCAUCUACCUCAUGUCCCGACUGACAUUUUGUGGCCCCAAUGUCAUUGAUCACUUCUUCUGUGAUGCUUCACCUCUGCUAGCCUUGUCCUGCUCGGGUGUCACCCUGAAGGAGACCACAGACUUCCUGGUGUCUCUGGCUGUGCUCCUGACCUCCUCCACAGUCAUUGCUGUGUCCUAUGGCAACAUUGUCUGGACACUGCUGCAUAUCCACUUGGCUGCCAAGCGCCGGAAGGCCUUCUCCACCUGUGCAGCCCACCUGACCGUGGUGAGCCUCUUCUAUGGCACUCUUUUCUUUAUGUAUGUCCGGACCAAAGUGGCCCCUUCCAUCAACUUCAACAAGGUGGUUUCUGUCUUCUACUCCAUCAUCACUCCAAUGCUCAAGCCUCUCAUCUACAGUCUUCGAAACAAAGAGGUGAAGGGAGCUCUGGGCAGAGCCUUUUCCUUCAGGUCUUGGAAAGGUCAGUGA